AAUUAUAAAUAUGAUUUUCCAUAAGAUUAACCGUUAAUUACCAACCAUGUUUGCACUGGUCUACAUAUUACCCUUGCUUUAUACAAAUGUUCUAGCCGGUGUCGUACUGCAAGAUCAUUCCGAUGAAGGGCCUCUCAUUCUAACACCGUAUAUAGAGAAAGGAGGAACAGAGAAAGCGAAACACCUCUCCGCGGUCGACCCGAGCCUGUUCGCCGGCGUCAACAGUCAUGCUGGGUACUUCACCGUUAACAAGACACAUUACUGGAACUUGUUCUUCUGGUACUUCCCCGCUCAAGUUCCUUCAGAGGACGCACCAUUGCUUGUUUGGCUGCAAGGUGGACCAGGGGGCUCUUCCCUAUUCGGGCUCUUUUAUGAAAUAGGUCCUUUUAGAACUGAUGGAAAUACAGUUGAAAAACGACCAAUUCAUUGGGGAAUAGACUAUUCGUUGAUAUUUAUUGACAACCCAGUUCAUACUGGCUUCAGUUUCUCGAAUGGUAGUGAUUACGCUACCGAUGAAGAUAUGAUCGGUGCUGCUCUUCUGAGCUUCAUGCAACAGUUCCUUGAAGUGUUCCCUGAAUUAAGACGAGCGCCUCUAUUUCUGUCGGGAGAAUCUUACGCAGGGAAAUACAUUCCGGCAUUUGGACAUUACAUUCAUAACAACCAAGAUAAGUCGAAACCAAUUAAUCUAAAAGGGUUAGCUAUCGGGAGCGGCUGGACAGACCCACCGACAAUGCUGCACUACUCAGAAUUCAGCUUGCAAGUUGGGUUGUUAGACCAACUGCAGGCUGACGAACUACAUCAGAUGGAGGAGGAAGCUAGAAAACAUUGGAAAGAGGGGAAUUUUCAAGAAUAUGCAAAGCUUUCUGAGAAAAUGGCCCCUUAUUUGCAAAAAACUGCAGAGGUUAAUGUUUACAACUAUCUGGCAUCACUUAAACUUGCACCUCCUAAUAAUGAAAUAACAAUAUUUUUAAACAAGCCUCAAGUACAGAGCGCUCUCCACGUAAAGAAAAUGGAAUACAAAAUGUUAAAUAAUAAUGUCUACAUGUAUCUAUACGAUGACCUGUACAAAACAGUGAAACCUUGGUUGGAGGAACUCUUGGAACACUAUGCUGUUAUGUGUUACAAUGGACAACUGGACGUGAUUGUUGCUUACGCACUAUCGGUACACACCCACCGAAGUCUGAAGUGGUCGGGAGCCGAUGGCUACCUAAACGCUAGGAGGGUUCCUGUAUACGAUGCGAAAAAUGAAAACAUUGCAUUUUACGUGAAGACAAAUGGGAGCUUCGUAGAUGCGAUGGUGCGAGGAGCUGGUCACAUGGUUCCCGCUGACCAGCCGGAGGCCGCCAAGCAGAUGAUUGACUGGUUCAUUAAUAAAUACAAGUAACACAAUUAUUUAUAUCAUUCCAAUAAUAAAUAUCACGUCCAUGAGCAGUGUUUAACUUUACUACCCUUACUAUCGUAUCCGUCACUUUCGCCGUCCUUUAAACCUCAGCUCAUAUAAAAAUACCAAAGCCGACAAACAGUACCCAAUCAGUAGUAAAAUAAACACAGGGAAAAUUUCUGUGAGCUUAAUCGGAUGGUACAAGGGUGGUCUCCCAGGUGGACAGAAUUUACGUUGACGACGAAACAUAUCUCUUACUUUCUUUUCUAAGACGCCAGAGGUAUCAACGGCAAACAAAAACCGAUUUAUUGGUUGAAGUAGAACAGAACCGCGACGGAAUAUGAACGUUCUAAGUGUUUUAAUUAACGGUUCUUUCAAUUUAUACAAGGCUGGGUUACACCAUUUGUCAAUUAACUUGUAUUGGUACAAGAAAAAAUAAAGGUCAGUCAUUGCUGUAAAUUUCCUGUUAUUUUUAUCGUAUACGAGACUUUGUAAGCAAUUGUAUCUACUCCCA